AUCUGUUUAAUGAAACCGUUCAAAUCAGUUGCUCUUUCGACAUUCUGUACAAAGCAUCAGCAAAUGAAACACAGCUCCUUUAUCCAGCAUGGCUGAUGAACACGAAGUCAGCAGACAAGAUAACUAUGUUGGCUUGAAUGUUGGUGGAAAGAUCUUCAAGACCUCUCGUUCCACGUUGUUAUGUAUUCCUGGCAGUUUCUUUUCGAGCUUACUAGAAGGCUCCGUCCCAUCGGCUAAAGAUGACCAAGGGAAUUUUCUUAUCGACCAAGACGGUAAAAUAUUCCGCCACGUCCUCAAUUUCCUGAGGUAUGGCAAACUAGUGCUACCAGAAGGCUUCGGUGAGUACAGUCUCCUCGAAUGCCAGGCAGAUUUUUUCCAGCUUGAGAAACUCUCAGAGUAUAUCGAGAGACAUGUGUCGAUGAUGUCAGUUGGACUCAUGUUUCCAGAUGGAAAGAUUUUCUAUACCACUAAGGAUAUCUUAUUGAAAGAGGAAAAGUCAUUCUUUACCAAGAUGUUGAGUGGAGAAGCUGUCGUUCCUAGGGACUUCCAGGGAAUCUACAUCUUGAAAAGGGGUGACAGCAAAGUGUUUCAUCAUAUCAUUAACUACCUCGAAAAGGGUGUAAUUUUCGACCCACUCAACGAAAAUGAAUUGGACAGUCUCGAGAAGGAAGCCAAACACUUCGGACUCCACUUAUUUGCAGAUCACUUAAAGAGUGUUCGGUUCAUGAUAUCGAGGCGAAGAGACGAAGGAUUACAUAUCCAUUUCUAUUACUGUGUGAAUUCCCCAUGUGUUGUCUACAAAACGCUCCAUGGCGGCUAUGAUAGGGAUUUGACCUAUUAUGGUUCAUGUGCAGACAAACCUGAUAAAACUCGUAAUUUAUUGCACAACCGAUCUACAGUAUAUAAAGGAAUGGAGUCUGGAGUUGUUGACAUGGAGAUCAUUAAUAGCACCAAGCCUGCUAGUUUAGGUGAUGUGAUGUCCUAUUUAGAAGAGAAAGGAGGACCAAAUCGCAUUCCUAGUAAGCCUAAACAGAGUCAUCUUAGCCAAGGCUGCAUCAGAUUAGAAGUCUUACCUAAUCCAAAUAUCAAUUUUUAUCCAAGACAGUAUCAUAAAACGUAAAAAUUACCAUAUGAUUGUGAUUUUUUGCAUGGUCAGCCCCCCCACUUUAUGCUCAGCCCCCACUUUGAAAAUCGUUCCGCGGCCCCUGUAUCACAUGAUAUUUCUAUCAAGAAAUAGGUAUAUAUCAUUUUCAGAUCAUCUCAUAUAAUCAAACGAAUAAUGGUUUUGACAAUUUAACAAACAAAAUUCAGUUAUAAUUCCACAAUUUGUUAUGGAAUUUUACUACCACAUGUGCACAGUAUCCCCAGUUACAAUAACUAUAAACCUGGGUUUAUUAAGUUAGGCCUUUUAAUGUGUUUGCGAACCGAUUUAAGCUUUGAAGAACAAUUCCGAGAAGUUGAAACUGACGAGUAAAGUACACUAAAAAAACACUGAGUAAAAUUUUUACACAAUAUUGAGUAGAAAGGGAACAUCAUGCAUGUUUGCUGGAUAUUUUCUUUUAUAUUGGGCUAUUCCAACGCAACAUUGCGUAAAAUUUACAAAAUAUUGGGUAUCCUUUUACCCAACAAACAUGCACGUUCCCAUUUUACCCAAUAUUGGGUAAACUUUUUUUAGAGUGUAUUAGCUCUACGGUACCUCUAUGAUGAAUCUAAGAAAAAAGACCCUUCCAAGAAGGAUCUACCUCGUGAGGAUCGAAGAAAAGACGGAUCAAUGCCGAUGUCGAAAACUUGGCUGGUCUUCGGCUAUCUUGUGCUGAUCUACACUUGGGUAUAUAUGCCGUUUAUCGGUCAUGCCGCUGACCCAUGAAUCUCAGUGAUGAAUCUUAAUGAUCAUAACCUCUUAUCCUAAGUAACUCAACUAAUGUAUAACUGUCUAAUCCGUAAUUAUGUAAUCCGUAACCAUAAAUUAAUUCGCCAACUAAAAUACAAAUUAUUGAAUGAGGUGGUGUAAUAUCUAUAGAAACUAAGUUCAAUUACAAUUCCUGUAAAUGUUUAAUCAUUCAAAAUAAAGAUAUCUCUUGACUUUCAUUAUAUUUCAUGACUAAACAGUUAUAAGCAAAUUGAACUGCAAACUAAGGACAUACAUGUAUGCAAAAGUGUUCGGUUAAGACUAUCUAGUAAAUCUCACUUUGGUUAACUUCAUCUCGGUAGAUGCUUUGAUAAAGCAACUAUUCAAAAUAUCGUAUAAAAUACACAUCAAACUCUUGUCCAAGAUAAUAAGAAAAUACAAAUAAUACAUAUAUAGCAACAUAGACAAGAGAUAGCAAAUGAAUUCUACAAUUAUUUUAUCCUACUUAUAGAACAUGAUUUUGUUAUACUACAAUGGAAUUGCCAAAAUGGUCUUAAUCUUAACACUAUCCAGAAAACCAUGUUGGUAUGGUAAUGUCAUGAUACACUAUGCUAUUCUGUAAUUAUUUUAUGGAAAUGGAAGAAGAUUCAUUUAUUUAAUUGCUGAUUCAUUCAUAAUUUGUUCUAAAACUUGCAUAUUUAAAUCCCUUAAAAGUUUCUGUAAAUAGAUAUUUCGCCGUAUUUGCUUGAAUUAUGCAGGAAUAAUGACCAUUUGUUCGUGGGAGAACUAUACUUUUUGGUGGACUCCUCAUUUCUUUAUAUAUAAUAUAGAUUUCGAUUUGAUUUUCUAUAACCUAUUAUUUUGUAAAUAUAUAUGUAUAGGCCUAAACCAUUCUAUUUUAUGGAAAUAGAAUAAAAGUCUUGAAUUGCGAAUCUUGAACUUUUUCUUACUUUAAAAAAAAUAUAUGGGGACAUUGCAGAAAGAGAUGCGAUCGAACGCAACUAUAACAAUCAAACGCGACUACAUUUUCAACCAACCAGAAGCACGUAUUCUGAACUUGCGUUUCAUUCUUUGACUUGCAUUUAAACACAAUACUUUCUGCAACGUGCCCGUGUAGAGAAUGGCCCGUAUUCUGAAGUCAGGUUUAAAUUAGACCAUGGUCUAACUCUGUGCUAAAAUUAUGGGAAGCCAUAAGUGUCAUAAAUCUUUAUCAAGUUUUAUUUUUCUUAUGUUUACUGUGCUCUUUCCUGAUUCAUCGAUGGUGAAGACAAUCAUAUAUUUAUACUUCCUAGACAAUUAUGAAUGAUUUGAGAGCCAAAUGAGCUGAAUGAUUUAUGUAACAAUUGGCUAUCCAUACUUAAUUCAUAACUUUAAACCUGAGUUUAAGUUAAACCCGACUUCAGAAUACGAGCCUAUAUGUGUUUGAAAUCCAAUAUUCUUCAUUUACAUUUACAAAUGGAAAGAAAUAUGUUAAAGAAAGAGAACUCCCGAAAAGAAUUGCGAAUCUUGAACUUUUUCUUACUUUAAAAAAAAUAUAUGGGGACAUUGCAGAAAGAGAUGCGAUCGAACGCAACUAUAACAAUCAAACGCGACUACAUUUUCAACCAACCAGAAGCACGUAUUCUGAACUUGCGUUUCAUUCUUUGACUUGCAUUUAAACACAAUACUUUCUGCAACGUGCCCGUGUAGAGAAUGGCCCGUAUUCUGAAGUCAGGUUUAAAUUAGACCAUGGUCUAACUCUGUGCUAAAAUUAUGGGAAGCCAUAAGUGUCAUAAAUCUUUAUCAAGUUUUAUUUUUCUUAUGUUUACUGUGCUCUUUCCUGAUUCAUCGAUGGUGAAGACAAUCAUAUAUUUAUACUUCCUAGACAAUUAUGAAUGAUUUGAGAGCCAAAUGAGCUGAAUGAUUUAUGUAACAAUUGGCUAUCCAUACUUAAUUCAUAACUUUAAACCUGAGUUUAAGUUAAACCCGACUUCAGAAUACGAGCCUAUAUGUGUUUGAAAUCCAAUAUUCUUCAUUUACAUUUACAAAUGGAAAGAAAUAUGUUAAAGAAAGAGAACUCCCGAAAAGGGUGUGAAAUAGCAUCCAAUACAUGAAUUCCUGUUUCGGGUGUAAAAUCUGACAUUUUAUUGGUUAAUCAAAAUUAGUAUAUACACUGUAACAACGCUGUGUAGAAUUUUAGGCACGUUGCUUGAGUCCGUCACUCUAACAACUAUUGUUUAAACUUUUUAUGCAAACAACUGUUCAAAUUUUUCAAACAACUGUUUUAACUAUUGAAACAACUUUUAAGCUUUUUAAACAGCUGUUUAAACACGUUGUUUAAAAAGUUUAAACAACUUGUUGUUAGAGUGACAAGCUUAAACAACGUGCUAUUUGUUUUACUGUGUACUUCAAACCCCGUUAAUGGUAUCUUUCAGAAGGCUAUUUAGAAAUUGAACACAAUAAUAAAUCCAACUUAUUUACUCUAUAAACUGAUCAGAUAUUGUUUAAAUUUCAAAGACAAUGUUUGAAAUUUAAAUAGCAAUGUUCAAUAUAAAACAUUAGAACACUUGAUAAAUGUUUCUGAAAUAUUUUUUUUUAAUGUCAAACAACAACCGUGAGUUCAUAUUGUAAAUCAAGUUAUAUAAAAUUUUAUACCUGUUGUUAGUUGAUAUACCCCCUUGGAAUUUUCCUCAAACAUCAACAACAUUUGGGAAGGCCUAUUUGUUCUCACAACAGGAUAUGGCCCUGUAUUCCCAUUCCUGUCAUAAUGUUACGUGUUGAGCGGUCAGCUGCUCAAACCAAUUACAGCCGCAAAAUACGCUACGUGUGGGACUGUGAACGACCUGGUCCAGACUUUUAACCUGACCUAGGGGCCAUAAUUACAACAGGGGACGGUCUGGUACUUUAUUACUGUCAUUACUAGGUACACAAAUAGACUAAUUAAUUGACAGAUAACUAAUUUUCAAGACUCCACGCUUAUUUGCACGAGAAUGCAAGGGGGUAAAAAGUUAGAAAUAAAAUAAAUUAGUAAGCAAUAUAAGAGAAAAGAGGGAAAGUGAUUCAUAGAUAGCGCGGUGCUCAUAUAAUUUAUGAGUCAGGCAAAUCAAAGCAAUUGCUGGUGAUUUCUUUUCAGAGUCUAUAUAUAGCAUUCUAAGAUAAAACAUGUAUCAAAAUGUAACUUGUAUGUAUCUCUCAAUAUGUAACUUGUAUGUCCCUUCGUUCAGUUAAGUUAUCUUCAAUAAAUUUGUCAUGAAAUGUCAUAGAAUUUUACUUAUCAUUUUGAGUAUGUAUUAUUUUGAACAUGUAUUUACACUGUUAUAUCACCUUUUUAAACGGAAAUAAAUAAAUCUAAAUGUAAUCUAAA